UAAAUGGCCCCCGGAGCAGCACCAACAACACAUUAGCUCUUCCUCUGGCUGCUUCCAUCACUGGACCACCAGAACCACCAGAAAGAAGCACCAGGACCUCCACCACCUCCAUCUCAGUCACCAGUCCUUCUCUCACUCGGACCCUCGUCAUGGACAUCCCCAUCCAGAUCCCGUGGUACCGCCGGGCCUUCAACCCUCGCCUGGCUGACCUGGCCUCCGUGGAGUCCCUCUCCGACUGGCCCCUCAGUUGGCCCUUCUCCCUUCCCCUGCCCUGGAUGCGACCCAUGACCCAGCGCUGGCUCAACUGGCCCGAGAACGGCCUCACCGAGAUGCGUGUGGAAAAGGAUCGCUAUGUCAUCUACCUGGACGUGAAGCACUUCUCACCUGAGGAGCUGUCAGUCAAUGUCAGCGGCGACUUCAUUACAAUACACGCCAAGCACGAGGAGAGACAGGAUGACCACGGCUUUGUGUCGAGGGAAUUCCUGCGGAAGUACAAGCUGCCCGCCAGCGUCUCAGGCGGCGAUGUCACUUCCAGCUUCUCCUGUGACGGCCUGCUGACCAUCACGGUGCCACGCUCCUCCUCAAACCUAGAGCGCUCCAUCCCAAUUACCUUCGACGACGGUGCCGCCAAAGCAAACAAGUAGAGCUCUACUUGGCUUCCGGUCUUGCCUAUCAGCCCAAAGGUUCCCAUUCGUGUUCAUCCUAUCUCAUUCACUGUUGCCAGUGGGUAUGUUAGGAAGUGACGACUUGUCUCUAGGUAGAUUUAACCCCAUUUCAGCUCUCUCCUACCUACUACUACUACUACUCCUAUUACUACUAUUAGUACUACUAUUACUACUACGACUACUGCUGUUGCUGUAACAGAACUAUCUGGAAACAAACUAGAGCUUUUUGGUUAUUUUUAGAGCCAGUUUGUGAUGAAGGGUAGGGGACGAGUCUAAACAGCUCAUAUCCAAAAGCUGAUCGCCGAUCUGCUGGUCAAGCGUUCUGUUAGAAUGAAACUCCUCUGCCAAAAAUCCAACUCCCCUACAUGUACAUGUGAGGUCCACGUAAAAAAUAUUUCAUUUUGUCAAUGAAUCUUAGCUUCUUACUACUCUAAUCAGACACUAUGCUUUAUUUCAACAUUCCUCACUAGCAUCAAUAGUAGGCCUUUGGCUAUUUUGAAGCUAACUUUUCUAAAACACAUGUUCAACACUUUCAAUUAAAGGAAAGGCUAAAAUUAAAAAUGUUUUUUUUUUUGUAUUUAUUAUACCCACCUGACCUCACCCGACAUAAAGUGUCCCUGAAAAGAAGUAGCAAUCUGAAAUUCAAUAUGUCAUGGUUUUUAUUAAUGACGAUGUAUGUGUGUUAUUCGGUCAAAGUGAGGUCGUUCUCUUUUCGGUUGUUUCUUUGUGUUUGGGCAGGGCUGUGGUGGCUUCCAUGGAAAAGGCAUGUAUCAUGAGGUGUUGUCGAGGACCACAGAGAAAGGAAAGGAGUAGGGGAGAGUGUGGGGGAGGAGGGGGGGUCAAGGGUUGGGGUAGCAGAGGGCUUGUUGUGGAGGAGAAGAGAAGACCAUAGGCUCCUUGUGUGGAGCGUUGCGUCUGAGCUGCUAAAGUGUGCGUGAUCUGUGAGCAUGCGUGUGUAUAUCUGUACGUUUGCGUUUGUGAGUGUGGGAGAAGGGGGUGGGCACAUUAACUGUGGCCGCUGUAAUGUUGGCAAAGCGGAAUUCAUUCUAUCCUUUCUUUGUAACGAAACCAACUUCUGGUGUCUCACACAAACUCUGGUUUCCGAUCAUAACGAUUAGAAUAAAUGAUGCAAACUAAC